AUGUUCCCUAUGGUAACUGGGUUCAUGGGUCAACAAACAAUACGCGCAGCAAGGUACAUUGGUCAAAGUUUCAUAAUUACCUUAUCCCACACAAAUCGUUUACCUAUAACGAUUCACUACCCCUAUGAAAAAUCAAUUACAUCGGAGCGUUUCCGGGGGCGAAUCCACUUUGAAUUUGAUAAAUGUAUUGCUUGUGAAGUAUGUGUUCGCGUAUGCCCUAUAGAUCUACCUCUUGUGGAUUGGAGAUUUGAAAAGGAUAUUAAAAGGAAACAAUUGCUUAAUUAUAGUAUUGAUUUCGGAGUUUGUAUAUUUUGUGGUAAUUGUGUUGAGUACUGUCCGACAAACUGUUUAUCAAUGACUGAAGAAUAUGAACUUUCUACUUAUGAUCGUCAUGAAUUGAAUUACAAUCAAAUUGCUUUGAGUCGGUUACCAAUCUCCAUAAUGGGAGAUUACACAAUUCAAACAAUUAGGAAUUCAACUCAAAGUAAAAUAGACGAAGAAAAAUCUUGGAAUUCAAGAACGAUUACUGAUUACUAG